AUGGCUCUUUCAUUUGCUCACAAUCCUCCUCUUCGUCUUCACGGAAACAAAACCCCUUUUGCUAUUCAAUCUCAAAUCAAACCUUCAUCAAAACCAAACAUAAAUUCCUUACAAUUGCUUCAAUUCCCAUCUAUUCGGUGUUCCUCAAGCUCCAACAACAAAACCAGCAGCGUCAACCUCAGAACUUGCAAGAACUGCAAAACCCAAUUCGACCCUUCCCUCAAUCACCCUCUUGCUUGUCGAUUUCAUACUGCCCAUUAUGGAGGAGAAACUAAGAGAAAGUUUGAGAGUGUCUAUGAAGGGGGCACCAUGAACACUCCUGGCUCUGGAAAAGUUCUUCAGUAUUGGCAUUGUUGCGGAUCUGAAGAUCCAUUUGAUCUCGGUUGCACCGCUUCUCCUCACACCUCAUAUGAUGACUGA